AUGGAUAAAGCAAGAGUACUGCACGCAUAUAGAGGACUCAUAAGAGCCAUUCUCAAAUAUGAAAGACCGAGCAAGGUUAUCAACUGGGGCAAAUUGCAAAAGGCAAUGAUUACGAAGUUGGAGUAUUCUAAGAAGCAAAACCCAAAAAAUUCACAUGAAGAUAGCAACAGAGAAUUGGAGAGUUGGAAGCAACUAGAUCCAGUGAAUGACAGAUCUUUGAAUCUGUUUAUAAGUGACUCUAAACUAUUACGCUCCAUAUUGAAAAACGAUAUAAAGUGGGAGGAAAAAGUCGCCCAAGGCCAAAACGCAGAUGAGAUACUCGAGCACGCCUUUGACAUAAUUAAAUUUCUGGACAACCAAAGAGAGUACGAAGAACUGGUGGAUAGAUACAAUCCUGGUAACAAGUUGACGCAGGAUGAAAAGGUGAAGAGAACCGCAAACGUAGUUGGACUGGACGUUCCGAGAUAA